CACUGUUGCAUACAGUCAAUGUGACCCAUUUUUGCAUUAAUAUCUACGGUGGCCGUUAAUCAACCCACCGGAAAUUCAGUUCUCCGGUAAUGGCACGUUCCUUUUUCUUACUAUACUCACUCUCCCGCCGGCGAGUCUCCGAUUCACUCAGAAGCUUGUUCUUCAUUCCCACCGCUUUAGCUCUCACUACAUCUCUCUUCAUUCUCUUCUACAUUUCAUCAACCUCUAAUAUCUUCACCUCUCAUCUUCAUCAUCGCAAUUCUCGUCUUCAUUUCCUUCAAAAUCCUAAUGGAGUUUCUCUCAAAACUCACGCAAAUCAACCCCAAUCUAGUCUCGAUUUUGACUCCCCGGUUCCCAAUUUGGCGCCUACGGCGGAUCACGGAGGAGCUGCGAAACCUUCACCCAGCUCAAAUGGAAGAGGUGUUGAAGAUGAAAAUGUCUUCCAUGAUCGAGACAUCUUCAAAGAAGACUACAUCAAAAUGAACACGACUUUCAAAAUUUUCGUUUAUCCACAUCAAAGAUCCGACCCGUUCGCUAAUGUUCUAUUACCAGUCGAUUUCGAACCCGAAGGCAACUACGCAAGCGAAAGUUUCUUCAAGAAAUCACUCAACAACAGUCAUUUCAUAACCAAAGAUCCCUCAAUAGCAGAUCUAUUCUUUCUACCCUUUUCAAUUGCAAGAUUACGACAUGAUCCAAGGGUCGGAAUCGAUGGUAUCCAGGAUUUCAUCAAAGAAUACGUUUUUAACAUCAGCCAUAAAUACCCUUACUGGAAUCGAACCGGUGGUGCUGACCAUUUCUAUGUUUCUUGCCAUUCAAUCGGACGUGUCGCCAUUAACAAAGCAGAUGAAGUUAAACGAAACGCAAUUCAAGUCGUGUGUUCUUCGAGCUACUUCCAGUCUGCUUAUGUCCCUCAUAAAGACGCAUCUUUGCCACAAAUUUGGCCUCGCAUAGAAGAUGAUCCCCCUAAUAUUACAUCAGCCCAAAGGAAGAAACUAGCUUUUUUUGCAGGAUCUAUCAACUCCCCUGUUCGUGAAAAACUCGUGAAAACAUGGCAAAACAAUACACAAAUAUAUGUGCAUUCGGGGCGCCUAAACACAUCUUAUGAAGCCUCACUUUUGGAUAGCAAGUUUUGUUUUCAUGUGAAGGGGUAUGCAGUUAACACAGCUCGCAUAGGUGAUGCGUUGUAUCAUGGUUGUGUCCCUGUGAUUAUAGCAAACCACUAUGAUCUCCCAUUUGCUGACAUUUUAAAUUGGAAAAGCUUCUCGAUAAUCAUCGCGACAUUAGAUAUACCAUCUUUACAGAGGAUUCUUAAUGGUAUAAGUAAUGAUGAGUAUGCAAAGUUGCAAAGUAAUGUUCUUGAUGUUAGAAAACAUUUUAGAUGGCAUGGUGUUCCUGUUGAUUAUGAUGCUUUUUACAUGGUUAUGUAUGAAUUAUGGCUUCGAAGAAGCUCUAUUAGGGUUCCAUUGAGUUAA